UCCGGGGAGACCAGAUAUAGUGAAUGCAGGGUCCGGGGAGAUCGGAUAUAGUGAAUGCAGGGUCCGGGGAGACCGGAUAUAGUGAAUGCAGGGUCCGGGGAGACCGGAUAUAGUGAAUGCAGGGUCCGGGGAGACCGGAUAUAGUGAAUGCAGGGUCCGGGGAGACCGGAUAUAGUGAAUGCAGGGUCCGGGGAGACCGGAUAUAGUGAAUGCAGGGUCCGGGGAGACCGGAUAUAUCCGGGGAGACCGGAUAUAGUGAAUGCAGGGCCCGGGGAGACCGGAUAUAGU